UGGUUAAAAGCCUCCUCCCCUUGGCUUUCAGGCACAUUAAUAUUAUAAACCUUUCUCUUCUGAGUUGCUUUAAGAGCACUAGCAGAACAUCAAACAGGGCGCAUUGAAGAGUCGACCAGUCCAUUGGAGAAUGAUUGAAGGCUUCCACGAACCUUUGUCUGCAGUAGUAUGAGGCCGCACAAUUUUCAGAAAAUUCUGGUGAUAUAUAUUUCUUUACUCUCCUGUACAGAAUUGUUGGGAUCUGACCACGUGAAUAGUGUUAUCCAUGGAAAAGAUUUGCAGGAUUCCAUGACCCUCACAAGAGAAAGCACAUUGAUUGAUUGCAGUAACCAAACAAUUGCACUGGUUGUGUACCCACUGUGCCCAAAUCCUGAGGAAUCCAAUUUUGUGUGGACUGAUUCUAUUACAGAACGGAAUUUUGGAAGCUUCAGGUUUGGCAUCGGGCUCAGCAAAAAUAAAACCAAGGGCAGCAAAUCUAUAAGAGAAUCCAUUACCCCUCUUACUCAAGUCCAGAGUAAUGAGCCGGUGUAUGUCACCGUGACAGCAGAGACAAAUCGGAGUGACACCAUGCUAAUUAUUAUCUCAUGCCAGCUUGUGAGUAAACGGAACAAAGUCAAAACCUACAUCAUCCAGGAUGGGUGUUUGGAUAGCAGGACAGCAGAGGAGAUAAAGGGAGAAUACAACAAGAGAGUGUUUAUCCUUCGCCCAUCGGGGCUCCCUCACGGGACUGACUCCUCCAUGGUAUUUGUAAGCUGUGAGGUAAAGCUUUGUCUAAGCACCAAUCAAUCACAACCCUGUGGUUCCAACUGUCCUGUGACUGUUCUUGUUCAUCAGCCAAUUAACUCAUUGAUGGAGACGGAGACCUAUCAUGUUACUGCUAAACCAAUCUAUGUGAUCCGAGAGUCAAGGAGAGUAGCUGCUACAAAUUACACCGCGCUGGUUGUUGGGCUGGUUCUAGGUGGCACUGUUGUGGCUGUGGUGGUUCUGCUGGUGAGAAAGUCUUUUUCUGGUGUGCGUCAAAGGUCUGUUCUAAUGGAUCUGUAAACUGGGAUAUAUCGUCUGAGCAAAUCACUGUACCGAGAACAGGCUGGGCCUGUUACCUAGUCAACAACAUAUAAACUAUUACAACAUCCCUAUUCAUCAUCUGUGGAUGGACAUUGAAGGAAAUAUCUCUGGCAUUUGAAAGUGGCAUUGUAUUUAAUCUAUUUUAAGUAUUAAGAUGCUCCCUGUGAACGAAGGACACAUUUAAACAUUUACAAGCUAAACUUAACCAAUUACACCACAGAACUGCUCUAAGAUGUAAAGAUAAUGCUGUUAUUUGGUAAUGUCCUAGAGCAGAGGGUUUACAGUACCACAAUGAGGUAUGUAAGGCAAUGUGACUGCUAUGAACACAGAGCUCCAUAGUUUUAUUACAGGAUGC